AUAUUCUUGCCGGGUGUUGAAAAUCAGGUCUACUUGCAGCGCACGACGUCACCGAGUGCAAUGUGAGGAACAAGCAGGCCACCGUGAUGGAGUGGAAGCAUCUUAGCUGGAGAUCCAACCUUCUGGAAGGAAAGAUUUAUCGGUUUCUCAUAAAAACUUGCACUCGGCAUGAGAAUUUCUCUCUUACGCUCGUCGUAAGCACCGAAUUGUUCAGUCAGUAGAGCGAUGGGACUCCGAAGAGGCAUUAGUCUCUUGGAGGUACUCAGUCCCCAGCUUCUUUUGAUCAGCCAUGGUGGGAGUCUGUGAUGUACUUACUGCACCAGUGUUCAAUAAGGCUCCUCAAGCAUUUCCUCGUCUGAGCCUGAUCGAGGAAGGUCGUUGGGCAUGAUUGCUCCAUGAUAAGCUCUGACUGCACGCGGAUUUUGGUUCCGCAUCCAGGAACGCUCGUGCAAGAGUUGAGAGACCUGGGCUGGGGGAAAACGGAUCAGUCCGUGUGAAGGUACAUUCCGCAGUUUUCUUCAGUACAUUUCUUCCUACUCUUCGUAUUUCGAAAACAUGAUGAGGAACUGUCACCAUGAGUUUUGCGUUCAUGAAAUCAAAUCCGGGGACUAUGAGCGAUGACUGGCUUCUGUAUGAACUCUAUGGUUCGAGCGCUAUCCUUCGGUCGAGUGCUAGAGCAUAUAUGUGAGGGAGGGCCUGACAGUCUUGUAAAUUGACGAAGGGACUCUCUCUCUAUUUCUCGACGAUCAUAGACAGACCAGAACUUGAAGAAGAAUGAAUGUCACCAUCUGUCAGACGCAGAUGGUGACUGGGAAGUGGGUCUGAGCUUGCUUUCGGGUGUGAGGCGGCAGCAAGCAAGCUCAGAUCCACAACUCGCUCUCGCUCUCGUUCUCGGGCUAAAGGAGUCUCUAAGCUGCCGCUGGAUAAAUAAUAUCUCGAGCAACGAGAUCAAGAUCUCACGGAAUCCAUGAAGUCAAAGGCAGCGGCUAUUCUAGAGCACAAUGUGGUGGGCUAGCUGUCCACAGGAUCGUAGACCAGCUGCUCGAUCUGGCCUGGCCGAGCUAACCCUUAGGGAUUGAUUAUCCUCGGCCCCGGCCUCUGGCCUCUUCGCUAUGUGUUACACUCGGUGCUCGUGCCACUCACUUGAUCACAUUCGACCCGCACACGACUCCCUUGUCUGUCUGGAUGUCGUUGAGUCGAGCUGAAAAGGUGAGAUUGCAGGGACUUGUCGUACAGUUGAUCCAUCCCACGACUCGUCAGAAAACGAGAGGUCGCAGAAGUCGGGGCAUAAAGCGACUCUGCAAAAGUGUUGCCCACAGACAAAAGGAACGAAAGCAGAACAAGGUUCCUCUUAGACAUGGCGUGCGUGCUUUUUCCCCUAUCCUUCCACGGGAUCAUGACUGGGACCUUUAUACUACGGACAAAACAGAAACCCGUAUCCCGUUCAGCCUUUCUGAGUUUCUCAUGGUCCGUCUGUGCCUGUCUCGUUCCGAGUGAUCGAUUAUCAGAUAGGCCCAGAUCACCGAUCGAGCAUUGUACAGCUUCCGUGACUGAAACGAUCGUCGUGAGGCCAAGGAGCGCCGGUGAACACCAGCUGUAGGCUCUCAGAGGGAAGUCCAUGAUCAUUUGCGGAACAGUCGUUGCAGAUGCUUCCUUUCGUGAUGCUCAGAUCUCUGCAUACGGAUAAGGCAGGCAGGGAGGCAGGAAGGCAGGCAUCUAGAUUCGAGUCAGGAGGAAGCAGCAUGACAUGAAAUUCAACGAUACUGUGAUGGAAAAAAAACCCAUUGUCUUCCAUGGGACACAUGUCACGCUGUCACUUCAGUCCAGCAGUUGGGAACUUUGGGCAGCUUCGAGUUGGCCUCGAUGUUCCUGCCACAGCUUCAGGUGUGACACUCUGAUACCCCCCCAAGAGAGACGAUCCAUGGACGUGUCAAGGGGAGACACUCAUCCGCACGCCCAGCCACCAGUUUGUUGAACUCCAGACCCGUCUCCCGGUAGGAAAGUUGUUCAGGGCUCGCCACCCGAGGACAUGCACGACACGACGAAGCUGCUAAGUGAUAAUUAUGCAUCUUCUUCUCUUUGACAUUAAUUGCCGACGUCCGUGAAUGUCAGUUCCUCUUUGUGUGUGGGGCAUUUUCUGUUGAUUACCGAGCCCCUAGUGCUCUGAAACUCUCGCACUGGUGUAGGAAGGCAAACCGAUGAGCUCUCUCAGCCGUAGUGUUAGACGAGAUUUCAUCAUCUCUUGAGUCUUCAAAGUACCUCGUACUUACUUUGAGCAAACCUCUUGCUUGUGGAAGAAAGUAAUGCGAUUCAGACACGUACUUGAGAGAAGUAGGCUUUGGUCCGUUUCACGUAUUUAAAUUUAAGGUGGAGAGAAUUUCCAUUUUCAUCAGAUCCUGAAACUCCAGGAUAUUACAUCUUCGUAGCAUUUGAAGUUUCUGGGCCUCCAACUCUGGUUAGUGAGGCGAAUCUAACUUCUCGACUUAGAAGCUUCACUGUAUUAUUUGCGAGGAGCAAGGAUCGAGUGAGUGUUCACGAGAUGAAUGUGACAAGUCGCUGACGAAGCUUUGCCAAGCAAUACGCUUGGCCUGUAAGAUGGCAGCUGUUAGUAAUCACAUUCAAGUCAGUCCAGCGUCUUGAAAUC